AUGGAGGAGGAGGUCACAGAGCCCGAUCCUCAGACAGUGGAGCUCACCGGCAUGCCGCUGCCGCCAGGGACACACUCUGAGGUUAAUGGAGACUUGCCGGGCAACCCAUACUUGAGAGACGAGAUGGAGGACGUGAUGGAGAGUCCGGCGAGGGAGCCUGUUGUGCUGCAGUAUCCUGCUGAGUACAGUCAAAGCCAUCAGUAUGGGGAGAAGAUGCCGUUCCACCAUGUGACGGCAGGCCUGCUCUACAAGGGGAACUACCUGAGCCGCUCGCUGUCAGACAGUGACAGCGACGUGCUGGCCAGCAUCUCUGUGGAGGAGCUUCAUGAAAUCCGGGAGGCGUUUAAGGUACUGGAUCGUGACGGAAAUGGGUUCAUUUCCAAACAGGAGCUGGGUAUGGCCAUGCGUUCUCUGGGUUACAUGCCCAGUGAGGUGGAGCUGGCCAUCAUCAUGCAGAGACUAGACAUGGAUGGUGAUGGACAGGUUGAUUUCAACGAGUUCAUGACGAUUCUUGGACCAAAACUGCUGUCGUCUGAAACGAGAGAAGGCUUCCUGGGCAGCACAAUAGAUACCAUCUUCUGGCAGCAACUGAUGCCACCAGGGGUGGACCGGGACAAAAAUUCUGCCGCCCGCGAUUCAGUUUUCAGCCGCAGGUGCAUGGAGGAGGCUUGUUAA